CAAGAUUUUGCCACCAAUAAAAUUUGAAAUUUUUCUCAAGUUCUCGAAAAAGCUUUCAUUUUACUUCCUGUCUUCCCUGAGGGCUGUUGGCAAGUGUUCAAAAGGGAAACGGCAUUGUAACCGCAGUAUCGAAGACAGAGAGAUAGACAUAGAGUGAUUUUCAGAAACUUUACUGAAUGAAAUGGAAGAGACGACAACAAAAGCUGGUGAUUUCUUCCUCGCAAAAGCGUCGCGCGUUGGAGGGCCUGUGACAUGUGUUGCAUUUUCUCCCUCGAAGGCUCCAACGGGUAAAGGCGGUCAGCAACAGUCAAAGUUCUUCUUUGUAGCACAAGGUCCAUAUUUGACACGCUAUAACGAUAACGACAAUAAUCUCUCGGGAGGAAAUUGCAAUGAUAACAAUGACCAAGCGAAUCAACCACAACAGCUACUAGUUCUCCCUGACGACAAAGCACGGCCACGAGGGGGAGGGACUAUUCACGGAAUCAGUUUUCUCAAUGACGAGAAACACGGCUGUGCGCAAUGGGAUGCAGUGGUAUAUGGAGGAAAACGGCUCGCAUUCUGUAAUCUCAUGGGUAUAAAAGUUGGACGAUGGGAUACCUUCCAAUCGUCAACRGAGAGUGUUCCAAAUCCAAUGUCCUCGAGCGCGCCCUUCCUCGAGUUGGACGAUUGGGUUUGGAAUGUAAAGAUCUUUCCCAAACAGUCAUAUGGCGACGACAACAAUAAAACACAUGGGACAAGCAAAUCAAAAAUAAGUUUGGUAGUCGGUUUUGCUCGCCACAUGAUCGAAAUAUGGAAUGUAGAAAAUUCUGCCACUGGUAAUACCGACGAUGCAAUUCUCUCGACUCGUUUGCGUCGUUUCUUUCUGAAUCCAGCCACCGUUGUUACAUCAAUGGAUUUCAUAUUCCUCAACCGAGAGUACCAAAGCAAAUGUACUGAUAAGACGAGAGAUGAUAACGAAAGAAUUGAUACUCUUUGGAUUGCAGCAGGUACUUCUUUUCACAAAAUAUGGAUAUCAUGCAUUUCAAUUGAGGACAUUCUCGAAAAAGGCGAGAAGGAAGACAAUUCAGCCAAUUUAUCAGUUGAAAACGUUGACAGCGCAAACUAUCGGUCUCUAGGUUCUCAUUUACUUCAAGGCCACUCGGGGGUGGUCCACAGUGUUAGAUGGUUUCAAGACGGUGUCAAUAUUUCUCUUGCCUCGACCUCCGACGAUCGUAGCGUUCGAAGAUGGGUAUGGGAUGAGGCCGAUGGGCAAUGGAUGGAAAAAUGGACGGGAUGGGGUCACUCGGCUAGAGUUUGGAAUAUAUCGACGAUAUAUGCUUCUAAUGGAUUGUCUGUAUCAUCCCCAUCAUCAACAGCUUUUAUGUUGAUAUCUGUAGCCGAGGACGGAACAGCUAGAGUUUGGUCAGCCGAAUCCGGAGAAACAUUGGCCUGCAUUCAUCACCCCACAUCUCUUUGGACGGUUGAUACACGGAAAACCGAUGAUGAUGGGAAUUUUAUCAUCGGUGCAGUAGAUGGAAUCUCGGCCAUUUACAAUGUACACGAUUAUGUAACGGGUAGAGACGGUCUUAAAAUUGAUUGCGUUGCUGUUCCCGACGAUCGGCCACCAUUAAUGAGUGGCAAAUCAAAUUGUCUCAUCAAAAGCAUAGCACCAGGAAAGGAGAAAAAUGAAGACUCCGACAUCGUACCAAAAAAGAAGAAGAAAAAGACGAAAAAUAAGAUACAGUCACAAGUUAUUGUCGGUAUGAAAUGUUGGAAAGACGCAUCAUCGGAAAGUACUCCGAAAAUAUUGGUUGCGACACGGCAGGGAUCUUUGUUCACUUUCGAUAUUCAUCAUGAAAACUGGCAGACCUGUGAUCCAUGGUGGCAGCCAUCAAUUGGGGAAAGCUAUGGAAUUCAAGCCAAUGAUGGAAACUGUUUGGCUGUACUCGAUAGGCUAUCUGCAGUAGCCAUUGGCACGGCUCGAGGAGACAUUAUAAUURCAUCAACCCGGCAAGAGAAGAUAAAGAGUCACACCAUACUUCAUGCAAGUAAACUCAGAGCAGUACAAGGUUUGACAUUUUAUAACCCUUCCUGUCUCAUCUCGUUCCACGUUCGCACAGUUGCAUUUUGGAAAGUGAAAUUUGAUGAUAUAUUUACUACAUCAGACAUGCAACCCGAUUGCGUUCUUCAGGUCGAAACAAAAGGAAUACCCCAAUGCUGUGCCUACGACCAAGAGAAUGAACGUAUUAUUAUAGGAGACUCCAGGGGGAACCUUUCAUAUUACCAAAUCAUCAAUGAUGAGUUUAACGGUGGAGGACAAAAUCAUUGGAAUCCAAUUUGUGUACUCACAAGGGUACACCAAAAACAGCAUAUUACGUCGAUAAAAUGGCUGAAUAAAAAUACCAUCCUAUCUGCUGGCAAUGAUGGCUGCCUACACGUUUCUUAUUUGGACGGAGAUAUUCUUCAAAGGGGUUGGAGCUAUUCUGCCCCUUCCCUGACUGGGAUCACAAAAAUCAUCACAGAUAAAUCAUCAAUUGGUGAGGAAUCGUAUUCAGGACCAAUCGUUGUGGCUGGAUACCACGGAAAUAUCUACCGAGUGAUGGAUAUGGAUUCAGGAUAUGAAUAUAUUCGAUGUGACACCGGAGGACGACAACGGAUCCUCGACUGUAGGUUCAUUAUCGAUGAGUGCAACAUUGCUGGGAGAUCCCUCGACUAUCAAUUACUAGUGUGUCAGGCACAGAAAGAUGGAUCAAAUGUUAUUUACGUUCAAAAUUCCUUCCCUCAGUUUGUACCAAAGCUUUUAGACAAUCCUAAAAAGCUAACAGCAGGGGUCAAACUACAUGGAGAAACCAUCUUUGAGUCGACAUUUUUUAACCUGGCGAGCAAAGAUCUGAUAUUUCUAGUGACUGCCAGUGAAGAUUGCAGUUCAAGAAUAUCGUCAUGGAAAGGUGGUGAAAUUGUAGAUUCGGUUCAGUUGACACCGCAAGAGUCAUGUUGUCGUUGCGUCGCAGUGAGCCAAAUAGACAAGAAAUCAGUAUUGUUGAUCGUUGGUGGUGGUAAGCUCGCUUUGCAAUUCUUUCUGGUUAAGGAACGUAGAAAUUGUUCGGAUACUAAGUCUACAAGAGAUCUACAAAUCACCUUCAUUGGAAACGGUCUAACAUCUAAGAAAGGAGCCUCGAUUGAUCAUCGAAUUAAUUCGAUCUGCGCUCUUCCACUCUCUGAUGAUGAUAGUCGAUUCCACCUUGUCCUAGCUGGAGAUUCAGAAGGCUGCUCCCAUGCGUUCCUAGUGUCUGAAGACAACAACCAAGACAACAGGAGUCCGCGUGGCCUUCUUGUUCCAACGACGAGUGAAAGGCCAAUUCUUUCUAUCAAAAUGCUUGUCGUAUGUAAAAGGAUUUUGAUCCUGAUGGGGACGACUGGUGGUGAAAUAGACUUGUUUGAUCUACCAGCAUCUCUUCCUCAACUUCAAGAAUCUUGGGAGGAUUUUCAGAGUUUAUGGAGUCCAAUCGGAAGGUAUCAAGGACAUCAAAUGGGUACGAAUACGAUAAGUGUUCAAGUUCUAUCGUCUGUUAAUAGCACGACUCGUGCCAUUUUAUCAAUUGUUUCGGGAGGUGAUGAUCAAGCAUUGUGUGUUAGCCGAAUCAGUGUUCAACAAACGGGCGAGAUCAAUCCUUGCCUACAGCUUGUACAGGAACCUAACCUGAAAGUUAUACCGGAAGCCAGCUUUUCUGCCAUCAAAGGUGUAUCGCAUGUAAGGUUUCAUCAUCAGAGAUACCUUCUCUCUGUAGGGUACAGUCAGCAGCUCUCCGUUUGGAAAAUUGAUGACGACGACGAUAUGAUAUUGGAAUGCACGUCAAAACUACCCGUGGAUCUUGGAGACGUGAAUUGCAUUGCUGUUCACCAAUCUUUUGACGAAUCUAGCUACCUGGUUGCCGUCUGUGGUAUGGGAGUAGAGGUGUUCCGAAAGGUUAUGUCGAUAUGACUUACACAAUGGAUCGAAAUCGAUGGCUUGUACGUUAAAUACGAUCGAACAAGUUUCCCCACAAAAAGGUGAACUAUCCUUCUUGUGGCUCUCAACAACAAUUAUCAUGAACUUAGUCUAGUAAACGAUGUCUCUACCGAAAUUUUGAGAUACGCUAUUAGGUAGUGACGGGAAACUAUGAUUCGUUCGUUUGCUUUGUUACAGCAUUCGAUUUAUUAGAUUUUUUUCAAGCUGAUCUGAAAAGCUUUGUUUUUUAAUGCGAAGAUGCCACACUUGAAGCGCCGAAGCCAAAGAUCCAGGUGCUGGUGAAGGCUUUUCUUUUUCUUCACCUUUAUACGUCUUAUUUGCACCGCCCUCGCUGACGUCGAAGAAACUUUGAUACAAGAGAUGGCAGUUCUGUUGUCGCUCUUGAAUCUGUUUCGGUGAGAUGGCUCGGAGAAUGCGGGGGAGAUCCACGAUACGAGCCUGACUGACACGAAUCACACAGUCGGACCAAUCGACUUCUGGGUAAAAAGGUGGUAUAAUUUCGGGAAGGAGAAUCGGAAUUGCUCCGGCAGAAAGCACCUCGGUCAAUCGAAAUGAAGUGACGUGGGAUCCACCGGGACAGAAUGCAAAGGUAGAGUUGAUCAUCAAAUCGUCGAAAUUGCUUUGCGAAGGAUUAUCAUACAGCGAGUAUGUCACAGWAUCGCCAAACAAUGUCUUGUGCUUGCAUUGAACAUCAAUGACCACAUCUGAUUCAUCAUUCAAGUAUUCAGCUGCGAGCCAUCGGUGUUGAUAAUAGGGCUGCAACGUAUCUUGAAUAGAUCCUUUGAAUGAUAGCAAAUAUUUACGCGGUCUGUGUAUUCCUCCUGCGAGGUAUCCAACUUUCCAAACAGCGGCUAGUGGCAAAGGAAUGUCGUAGCCGGGACGGAUUUGUGCUUCCGUCAAUGCAACAGAUCCUAGCGCAGCCAUAUCGUAAUGCAAAUUUUCGGUUAUCGGUUUUGUCACGCCAUAGACGUAGUGAUUUGUCCCAAGAUUCCACGAAGGUGAUUGCUUGGCUAGUUUCAGAUCGUCUUGGUGAACAAUCAGCAAACAAGCCAUGCCAGGGUCCUUUACGAUGCGGAUGCUAAGUGUAGAAAGUUCGUCACCAUUGAAUACGUCUUUCAAUUCCACUCGAGCUUGACCUGGAUAGGCAAAAACCGGGAGCGGUUUGAUCAAGCUUUGUUCCUUGGUAUCUGUGUCGUUGGCACCCACGGUGUGAGUUGUGCAUCGAUUCAUAUCAAAGCAAGGUUUUGAUAGUGAAAGGCAUUGUGGCUGUUCGUAUUCCACUUUGCGGACCUUGCCGACACCAUAUGACGUGAUCAGUCUCACCGGGAGAGAACUCUUAGUAAAGGGGUCAUAACUACUUGCUGAUCUUGGUUUUGGAUCUUCCCACCCCUGAUAUUCAAAGGCUUGGCAUUUCCCUCGAGGUUUCAACAACGGACAGCUUUCCCAUUCCGAAAAUAGAUCCUCUCCACAAUCACGACAAAUCCAAGUCCCGAAGAACGACGCCCUAGAAGAAAAAAAGAUCCAGGAGAGCAAUUUUUUGUAAUAAUAAAAGUUGGUUGGUUGCCAGCGACAGCUCUUGCCUCUCGUCAAAGAAUCAGACUCUCCGUCCUCUGUUCCCCCGUACGACGGUUUAAGUCGAACCCAGCCAUUGAUGUUUUGCAAUGUUGCCAUUGACGUCGUAGAAUAGACAUCUCCACUUCUU